AUGAAGCCGUCCGUCGUUUGUUUGACUUUGACUUUCAUACAAAACCAUUCGAUUUCGCCUUGGUACACGUGGCGGGAUCGUAAAGGUGAAGACCGAUUGGAUCAUUCUUUGUCCUUGUCGAGAUCUUCACAACUCCAAGGGAAGAUCAAAGUAACUAAAAAGGAAGUGAUGUUUUCGCUCAUGCAAGGACUGUGGAGUUACAUGUUCAGCAAGACUGAGUUCCAUGUCCUCAUUCUUGGUAUCGACAAAGCUGGCAAGACGACGUUUUUGGAGAAGUUGAAGACCAUAUACUCUAUCUCAGAAGGUCUUCCACAUGAUCGUAUUGUUCCUACUGUUGGCCUAAACAUCGGCCGUAUUGAAGUCUCUAAUGCUAAAAUCGUGUUUUGGGACUUGGGUGGUCAGCCUGGUUUGAGGUCGAUUUGGGAGAAGUAUUAUGAAGAAGCACACGCAUUGAUAUACUUGAUCGACGCAGCUUGCCCAUCUCGCUUUGAAGAUUCCAAAUCUGCUCUAGAAAAAGCCCUGCGGCAUGAGGAUUUGCAAGGAGCCCCUCUUUUGAUCUUGGCAAACAAGCAAGAUCUCACAAAUGCUGUAUCGGCUGAGGAACUGGACAGAUACCUGGAUCUAAAGAAACUGGACGAGAGGGUGUACAUGUUCGAAGCAGUUUCUGGAUAUGAUGGACGAGGGAUCAAAGAGAGUAUAGAAUGGCUGGUUGGUGUGAUGGAGAGAAGCAAGAGAACCGAAACAUUAAGAGCUCGUGCAGGUUACAAUCCCGUGCCAACUUCCUAA